UUAAGGAAAAACUUAAUGGAUUUUUUUCCCCCCAAUCAAACAGAGCAGUAUAGCUGUGACUAUGGAUCUGGCAGAUUCUUUAUCCUUUGUGGAAUUGGAGGAAUUAUUAGUUGUGGCACAACGCAUACAGCACUGGUUCCUCUUGAUCUGGUUAAAUGCAGGAUGCAGGUGGACCCCCAAAAAUACAAGGGCAUAUUUAAUGGAUUCUCAGUUACACUUAAAGAGGAUGGUGUUCGAGGCUUGGCUAAAGGAUGGGCUCCGACUUUCAUUGGCUACUCCAUGCAGGGACUUUGCAAAUUUGGCUUUUAUGAAGUUUUCAAAGUACUGUAUAGCAAUAUGCUUGGAGAGGUAUGUAUUCAUACUGGAUCCUGUUUGGCUCUUUCAGCUGGCGUCUUUUGUGCAAUUGUUUCCCACCCUGCGGAUUCUGUGGUGUCUGUGUUGAAUAAGGAGAAAGGUAGCACUGCUUCUCAGGUCCUCCUGAGACUUGGAUUUAAAGGUGUAUGGAAGGGACUGUUUGCCCGUAUCAUCAUGAUUGGAACUCUGACUGCUCUGCAGUGGUUCAUCUAUGACUCCGUUAAGGUCUACUUCAGACUCCCUCGUCCUCCUCCACCUGAGAUGCCAGAGUCUCUGAAGAAGAAGCUUGGGUUAACUCAGUAGUUAAUCAAACAUAAGUGGACUGAAUCUGUUGGCUGAUCAGUGUUGAGGAAAGUCAAAAGGAACUUUUAUAUAUUUGACAGUGUAGGAAAUGUCUAUUCCUGAUACAAUCACUGGUAGUUUGCUUGUCUAAGGCAAGAGUUUCAAAUUUACUGUUGAAAUAAACCCAACUGUUAAUGA